ACAUCAAUCGCCUAUUUUUCUAAAAGCAACGCAUGGAUUGAUAUCUGGCAACUCCAGGUCACUGUUAGAAAGGGACAUAUGGGACACUUGUAGCCUUCUCACUUGGUUUCAAUUUUAUUUUGCGUGCAACAAGACUCUUACGCCGCUUACAUAAGGUUUUAUUUUCUAUGUUUUAACUGCAAAAUGUACAGGUAGAACCAUACCUGGCAAAAUCAUAGCUGGCCGUUAUUAUUUUAAAACCGUUGCUGUUUUUUAAAUUAAAUUUUGCGUCACAUUUUAAUCGUACAAGCAGUUAAAUGAUUUAGGAAAUACAUAAUUUCUUUUCCAAAAGAUGUAUAAGAGGAUUAUAAAUUCUUAUGGAGAAUCGUAUUACGACCACGCUUGUUCAAUCGAUUAUGAUAAAGAUGUUUUGGAUGUGGACAUUCAAGAAAAUAAUUUUUAUUGGUGGACACGCUUGAAGCGUUGGUGGAGUGAUUUGUUUUUACUUUCUUACAGUGACGAAAGAUCUAGAAGCUAUUAUCGAAGUUCACAUUCUAUGAGAAUGGAAAGAAUGAAACAAUUUCGCCACCAUGGGGCAAGCAUUCAUCCAUUUAGUAAAUUCAGGAAUUUUUGGGAGUGCCUUCUAUUGAGUUCAGAUCUCUUAAGCAAAGCAUUAUUUCAUCAUAGUACUUCAAUUUUAUAUGGAGAGCUAACAUGGGAAAUUUAUUUUAUUGGAGUUAUCUGUGAAGCAAUUAUCCUUACGGAUUUAUUUGUCAACAUGUUGACUGGAUACAUUGUUAAAGAAGAUAGAAGCAUAAACUUAGACAUUAAGAAGUCAAUAUUGAAUUACUGCUCGACAAAGUUAUUCCUCCAUUUUGUUUCGUCACUACCACUCCAGUCUAUAAUGUUUCUCAAAUACGGCAAAAAUAUUAGUUGCGCCCUUUGUAAAUGUAACACGUUUGUAUACACUUUGAGACUUGUAGGUAUCGUACGUCUCUAUCGUCUAUAUGAUGCCGCUAAUUAUUGGAAUAGAGAACGUAGUUCUUUUCGUGCUAUGUACUUCUUCAAAUUUCUCCGCAUCGCUGUGUUAGGUCUAAGUACAAUGCUCCUGGUUGUAAAAUUGGUUGACACCAUUUCUCUUCUAGCUGUAAUGCGUAAUGGAAAAAUUGAUCCCUCCUCCUAUUUUCUUUCCGUCGUUAAAUUCAGAUAUGAUGAAAGAUAUCCCCUUCCCAAUGUCCUUUUCUAUACACUUGAGCUAGCUCGGGUAUUAAAAUCUUUCUUGUUGUUUAGUUUUGGUUUAAAACCACAGAUCUAUUAUUGGGACAAAAUGGCUUCACUUAUUUCCUUUAUACUAGCCAAUGUUUUUUACAUGUGGAACCUAAUUGAGUGUCAUGGCUGUCUCAGUCGUAUCAAAUAUCCUCAAGAGCAAGUGAUUAUGAAUAGAUACAGAAUAAUUAACUUACUUCGCUGGCGUCAAUUAUCUGACGAUUUCAGUCAAAAAGUUCUUAAAUAUCAUAACUUUAACAUGACUAAACUUACAAUUACUGAGAAACAAAAUGGAUGCUUUCAUGCGAUUCCUGCAUCCUUAAAAAGAGAAAUUAUCGUAAGUUCGUAUGGGAAGUACAUUACAAGGAUACCGUAUUUCUCGGAAUUUCCCCAAAACUUGCUUGAAGAAAUGGUAUUGUUAUUAAUCGAAGAGGUGUAUUUGGAGAACGACGUUGUGGUAGAGGAAUCUCUGUCAAGUGAUGGCCUUAUUAUUGUUGAUGUCGGAGUAUUGGCAGUUCGUUCCUCGGAGGACGUUGACACUCAGUAUCUCAUUGAUGGAGAUUAUUUCGGCGAAAUAUCUUUAGUAACAGAUGGGGCUUAUAGGUCGCCGUCUGUUGUUGCAAUGAUAUCAUGCAAGAUUCUAUUUUUAAAUAAGAAUGCAUUCAGGAAUAUAAUGCGAAGGUAUCCUAAAUUGUUUUUUGCAAUAAAAGAAGAUAUUGUAAGUAAGUUUGUUCCUUUGAAGAUUUGAUUAUUUACGUAAUAAAAUUACAUUUAUCAUUGUCCAACAACUUGUUGCCAUCUCAGUCAGCCUUUCCUCUCAUCUGAGUCGACUGGAACUACUGGACGGUGUGCUCUGAGCUUAAAUGCAGAAAGCGAUUCUCUCCCUUUCCCCCUAACCCUCUACUGUGUGGUCUCCCCUGCCGAGGGAAUCUAUUAUUAUUAUUAAUUAAUCUUAGUUAGACCUAAGUCAACAUUUUUAUUUCCAAAACUUUCUUACGAAUGUUUUAUUUAUUGUUUUAUGGUAAUGCAUAUCGACUCUAGGUACUGGUGUAUAUUGUAUUAUAAUAGUGAUACCACUUGGCAUGCGGGGAACGUUUUUUACAUAUUUGCAGUCUGUCGCUCGAGCGCGUGUCACGUAAAAUCGUAUUUAGAACAUUUGUUGUAAAUAAUAUUGCAGUUUUCGAUUUUCUGCGAUAUAUCCAGUGAACGAAAUAUCUCCGCGAUUUAUGAAAACAACACGCGCUGCACAAGUAUACCCCGCACGCCAAGUGUUAAUAUACCAGUCUGCAUUCACCUAUUCAUCUUACUAAUAUGGAGUGCAUAUAGGUUACUUUCGUUUAUACAUUUUUGAGCAAUACUAUGAACAAUAGUGGCAUCUUCGUGUUAAGAAUAUCAAUUAACCUACAUUGUUUGGCCAAUGUUGACAAAAUCCAAUAUGUCUGUGUUUUACCGAUGUAAUUUUAUUGCUCGUCGGAUUCCUCAAUCGUGACAUAGAGCUCACGUGGAGAAUGUGAAAUUGUUUUUUCUCUAAUUCUAUUAAUAUUCCGCGUAGCGUUUUUGUUACGACACUAUUUUGGAGGAGAAAUGACAACUUGCUGUGCAACUAUUCAUUAUUGUAUGGACCAUCGAGGGCAGGUGAAAAUUAUUUAACACUGUCUGGUCAUGAGCUAAAGCUCCUCGUGCAUAAUUCUAAAAGUGGGUAAAAAGAAACUUCGAUUUAAUUUAUCUAAUACAAAAUAAGACUUAUUAAAAAUGUUUUCAUUGUACUUUAAAUUUCAUGACAUUUUAAUUACAUAGAUAAACAUUUUGAAAAUAAGUUUUUGUCGCCCAACAUCAGUAUCAUAACUGAACUGAAAGAAGAAGCAUGUUUGCCAAAAAUUGCCUGAUAGAUUUUAUGGCAUUUUGACUCAACAUCGCGGUCUCUUGUACUCUCAAAUAUUCUGUAAAUUCGUUUUAAAAUAGGUGUCGGAAGAGCCAUUAUCGGUUACCUUGGCCACAAAAGGCCUUUGUUAUUGUUACCAUUAUUUGUAGAGUCUUCAAGUUCCUCUUUUUUUUCAAUCUUAUUUCUUUACAUGUCUUACACAAUUUGUCUUUGCUUGCAAUUUUAGGUUUAGCCUCAUUUAUAAUGUUUUGUUAUUUUCCCCACAUUUCUUUUCACCUGACUUCAAAUGAAUUCAAUUGUGUUUAGAUCGCAGUGAUAUUGAGGAAGGUAGAAAACCGUUUUACAUUAUGUGUUUUUGCUAUAACUUAAACUAUUUGCCAAAAGGAUUUAUUUUUUCUGAAGUCCUUUCGUAACUCCUUCAUUUUUCACGAUAUGCAGUUAUAAUCCAGUCAUGACCAAUUAUAAUUUUAAAUUGAUAGAGGUUACUAUAAGAGAUAUACUUCCUUACCGGGCCUUCUAUUUUGACAACUUUGGCAAUUACUGCGUUAGACUAUCAUCGACUAACUUACAUCAAGUUUGAUUUGAAUUGGAAAAAUGUAUGCGUAUUUCCAAACGCCUUUCAGCGACGUGAUUUGCGUUAUUCAUUUUACAAAGGUCUAUGAAUGUAAUAGUAAUAAGUCUGACUAUCACCAAUUAACAUUGGAUUGGAAAACAUCAGUCACUUCAAUGUCACAACUACUACUAACGAGAAUCGUCACAUGUGCGGUACGGCACUAUAUGGAUUCCGUACUUCUCGUCUUUUUACUUAAAACUUGAAGUUGUAUGACUAAUACUUUUCUCGCAUUUGCAAGGAGAAUGUAAUUUUUGUUAUGUUAAGUUGUGCCAGCAAUUGGAAUGGCACUUUAUUGUCUGAUAUCAUAUUUCGAGUUGUACUGUUAUGAGCGAUUGAAUAAAUUACAGGGUCCAAUGGAUUGUUACACAUUUUUAAAAGUAUUCUAGCACUAGAUUAGAUUGUUGGACUUGAUUAAAUUAAUCUGUACAUAAUUCCGUAUCUUUUUGAAAUGUUUAUGACUCGUUUUUAGUUACGAAAGUCACGUGUAAAUGUAUCCUAAAUCAUGAUAGUUGUUAUGCCAGAUCUCGUAUUACAGUAUAUUCACAUUGAUGUAUGUCAGAUAAAAAUAUUAGUUGAGUGUUUUGCAUGGGGGUUUUGUCACUGAAAUAAUGGAACAACAGCUUUUUACCGGACGAGCUGUUGCCCGCAACUUUGUAAAGGUAGAAUUAACAAAAAACAUCUUAUGCAUAUACUUAUUUCGAGUAGUUAGGACUUUUAUUUUAAGUCUUAAAUUAUUUUUUAUUUAUCACAUAUUUCUGCAUGUAAACUGUUGAAUAUAUAGGAUACAGGUUCUCUAGUGUUUUAUCACCAUAUAGUUUGUAUAUUCACAUUAUACUUGCAUAUAAAAAAUUAAAUUAUUUUAAUCACUUUAGAGUUGAGUAAUAUGAUAGCAAACAAAUACUUUAUAUUAUAAUUUUUCGAUUAAAUGAACGCAUUUCCUUUUAUAUCAUAAAAUUAUCCAAAGUUUCAUAGAAUUAAUUCAACUAUAAUGUAAUUAUUUUAUUGCAAGAGCAUUGUUAAUUUUAAGCACUGAGUAACUCUUUAUACAUCAUCAUCGACUUGCCCUUAUCCCUUAUGGAGGAUCUUUCAUCCGCAUCUUUGGUGGCCCAACAUUCAGAUCCAUACAGUAUGACAGGUCUUAUGAUGGACUUGUAGAUCUGUUCCUUAAGCUUAAUAGGCAACUCUUUAACUCUUUAUACUUGUGUUUUUUUUUAGUCGAGCGGUCAUGUGAGAAAUACUUGUUAAUUACUUUAAAACAAAUACACUAAAUCAAGUACGUAAAAGAUAUCGAACGUUCCGUAGUGACGACUAGAAAUGUACUGAGCUACUGAGCUCUUGAGCUACUGAAGGAACUGAGGUACUGAGGGCUAGAGAGCUUGAUAGCGACAAAGUGACUGAGUGACUGAGUGACUGACUGAGGAUCUGCCUCACUCUUUGCAAAGACUUUUAUGAAACUACCCCCACUACUACUUUCGUUUCUAAUAUUUUGUAACAAUAUUUUUAAAAUGAUGUUUGCCAUUUUAUGUAAUUUUUAAAGGAGAGUUAAGUCAUACAACGUAAUUAUUAACGCUAUUUGCUGCAAAAAUCCAGCCUAUUUUCUUUAUCUUGAUCAUUCGUAAAAGGAAGUGGACAUUGUUCAGUAAUUCUCCUGUUUUUGGGUGACGGUUCACAUUUAGAAGAUCUGUCGUUAUGUCUUUUUCUCUCAAUGGCAUUCCUCCAGUUUGCGCAGAAUCCUAUUUCGGGUAAAAUCUAUUCGAUAUAAAAUGAUAUCAAUUUAAAUUUCAAAUAUGAAAAUGAAUACAUUUUCCCAAUAAAACUUAUCUCUACAGAUGAUUUCAGUAUCGAGCGGCUCAUUUUUACCACUCCAUACAGCAAAUAAGCAGUUUUGCUUUUUUGUCACGGGAAGUUGUCCUAUAGUUAGAUUUAUUAUUAUUAUUAUUAUUUAUUGAAAUUUUACGAAAAACACAAAUUAAAUAUAUGCAUAAAUAUGGCCCUGCAUAAACCAUAUCACUGGUUUGUCCGAAGGUGCGGUAUUACAAUGUUAUGUAUGCUAGAGUGUACUAAAUAAAUAAAAUAUUCUAUUCAUGGGCUAUUUUCAAAAAGAUGGCUUUCCAAACGCUUGAUAAAUAGUUUAAAUUUUGAAUUUAGAUUUGCUAUUUCAGGUGGUAAGGUAUUGAGCAUGUAUGGUAAACGUUUUCCUAUUGUUCUGUCGCCGUAAUAAUUAUUAAUUCUGGGUACUAUGUAUUUGCCACGAGAGGUUCCCCUAGUGCUGUGUUGGUGUUGUGCUUGUGUAAUGGUUAAGUUAUUCAAGGUUUUGUGAUUUACUGAUAGGAAGAUAAACUUAUGCUUUAAACUAGCCGGCAAUAUCUUGCAUAUCUUAAAAAGUUUAUAAUAAUUAUCGUUAUUAGUAAUAAUAAUAAUAUCUUGAUCUUUAAACAAAAGUUAUGAACUAAAUUAUUACUUACGCAUUAUUAUCAUUUGGUUGCGAAAAGUUUAAUGCAAAUGUUGAAGUAAUCCAUACAGGUUUGGGUAAAUUAUUUGUGUAAUCUUUUAGAAUAGUUAUUUUAAAUGUAUGUAAUUACGUUAUCUCGUUAUCAAAACUUCUCCUACAAGUUUACUGUAAUGUGUGGCCCUUCACUUUGUCUUAUUUUAUCUAGAAAGUUGGCGGUCCAAAUAACGCUACGCAAUGACUGACGAUUAUAGUUUCGAAAUAAAAUUGAUGGCUAACUAAAUUACUGCUAUUUUAAUAGUCAAAUUCAUAACACAGUGUGUUAUGUUGUAGACAUAAUCCCACGGAUAAUUUUAUAAGGCUUAAAUUGUAAAAUAUAAUUAAACAUGUUAUAUAACUAGAACUCGAGAUAUUUACGGAUUAAAUAUACGUCAAUCUUUAAAGAUCAAUUAUCAUCAUCAUCUCUCUGCGGACGGACAUUAGAGCUUAGCUCGGCUCGAGUAUUUAUAUAACGUCCUUGCACCUUCCAGUUGUGCAGAUAUGUAGGAACUAUGUUCACAUUCAGCAUUGUCUGUCGCUUGGUAUUACUUAAUUUACUAAUUAUGAUGAAACCCUCGAUAUCAUUAACAUAUUAUAAAAUACAAACGUAUAAUAUGUUAUAUAAUAAUUGAAUUUAUUAAUUUCAUAACAGCGGCCAGUGCGUUCGAGAUUACUCAAAAUAAUAUUGCAAGGAUCAUUAUUAAGUUAUGUAACUCAUAAAUAAUUAAAGUAAAAAUUACUUUUUACAUUACAUGUUGAAUAGUCGCGCCGGGAUGAAAAAAUAUGAGUUUAACCGUUUAUUAAGUGGUUUAGAAACAUUCUCAUAAAAUAAAAUUUAGAUAAAAUUAAUUUUCAUCUCAAAAGGGAAUAAAAGGGGCACACACAUUACAAAAGUAAUACUAAAACUAGGCUUUAUCAACUAAAAAAAUUGUGCAAGGGCGGCUUUAUUUAAUUAAGUAUGUAACUUUGUCUUAAAACGCCGCUCUUAAUAAUGUAUUGUAGUUCAGUGCAUGUUUACAUUCAAAAGAUUGAAUGAACGAUGAGUCAUCGGUGAUAUCUGCAUGCGUAACGUUUAUUACAAGACACUACAUGCACAUACCGUGUAGCCAAAAAAUAUAUUUGUAUGAUUUCUCAGUCAGUUGUCAUCGGAUGUAGUAUUAAGUUUUACAUUUUAACUAGAUGUUGCCCGCGACUUCCAUACCAAAUUUCAUUAUAUAUUAUAGUGUUAGUAUGAAGUAUGAUUAUGUCUAUUUUUUAAUAAAAGUACCCUUUUAAUUUUAUAUUAACAGUAUGAUGUGGAAAAGUUUUAGUCUUUUUUAUAAAAUGACAGUAGUAAUAUGUUUUGCAACAUAGUAGCAGUGGGUUUCCACAGUUACGUAUAUUCAUUGUAAGAAUUCUAAUAAGAAACUUGAUCUCAUUUCUCAUGGUUAUAAAAUGGGAUUAAAGAUUAUUGUGGUGUUUUGUUAUUUAUAGCACGUAUAAUUAUCAGCUCAGCUUGCUUCAAUGCGGGUCAAAACGAAAGUUGAUCUAUGAGAAGAAUCAUACAAAUGCAACAUCCAUGUUGAGUAACUGCGUCUAGUGGUGCGCCGGCCGAGCAUCAAAUAUAAGUGUUUAUAUUAAUCCGCGUGUUGCCAACCCCGUUUGUUAUCCAACCACGGUGCAACUGAUGGCGAAAGUGGGAAGCUCUAAUAAUCACGACUGUUCUGUCUAAUGUGACGUGUUAGUCUAGAAUAACUUCGAUAGAGGUCACCGCAGAUGACAAGGUUAUACUGAUAUCUUACUAAUAUUAUAAAUGCGAAAGUUAGGAUGGAUAAAUGCAUGUUUCUUAGGGUUUGUAGCCUUAACAACUGAACGGAUUUCGAUGAAAUUUCGCAUAUAUGUAGGCUGGAAAAACACAUAAGCUAAUCAUUUUGUUUUAUUUUAUUACACGCGGAUGGAGUGGCGUUAGAAAGCUAGUGGUUUAUAAAGAAAUACAUUAUCAAGUUACACUGUUUGCUUAACUUUGGAGAUGUAAUUUGAUUUAGAACUGCCGGGCUUGUUCCGUGAUUCGAUACCGCGUCACUUGAUUAACAAAAUUAAAAGUAUUAAAGCGUUAACGUCAAUUACGUGAUUGUGCGUACGUAUUUUGAUUAUGCCUUAAUUUCACAUGGGCUUUCAGAAGUAUGUUACUUUAAUUAAAUAUGUGAAAUAAAUUUACUUGCCAUGUAUGCUACAUGGCAAGUAAACAUAUUGACGGUUAUUGCACGAAAUCGAACUCGGGACACUUAUUGUUCAUACAGUUACGAUAUUACAACAAAUUUCGUUUUCUAAAUCCAUAAAUAACAAAAUUCGCUAAAUGUAGAUCUCCACUGUCGACACAAUAUAUUUGUAGAAGUCGUGUAGUUCCUUCUUGGUAUUCAAUAUUUAGGUCCAGGUCGUUUUAGAAAGGUCUCAUUUAUGAAGACUACUCUUAUACGUUCCGCCAGUUACUUAUCGCUCGUUACAUUAAUUAGUUUGUUUCUUCCCGCUAGCCAAACGUGUUGAGGUUUGGUCCCUAAUGUUGUAAACACGACUAUUAUGGAUGUCCCUACGGCAGGUUGGUGUUGUGAAGGACCACACAGUUAUUUCACAAGGUUAUAACUCAAGUUUAUUACAAAAAUAAAGAAAUUAAUAAUUACAUAUUUUCCCUUUCCAUUUUCUACAUGUUAAAAUAUGUUCUUAAACUAUUAUGACGUUAACUGGUCACAAGAGAUUUUACUGGUAACAUAAGGUUUUAUGUAGCUAUUUUUAUAUAAAAUUGUAUCAUAUCGUAACAAAUAUCGAGUGUAAAUUGGCAAUAAAGAGAUCAGUAACAUAUCAAGAUACGAUCCAGUAUAUCAUUAUUACAUAAAUUAAUUUAAUACGUUAAGUUUUAUGUUGAAAUAAACCGUACUGUUACAAAUGUUUAUGCAACAGUAUUUGUGUGUUGUAAUGAAAGGUAAAAAAAAAAAACUCGCAAUUAAUUUAAAAACACAAGCCGGAAUGACUUGGAGGUACCCCUAUUACAUACAAUGAGAUAAUGCGGAAUGAGUUACAAAAUCUGUGAAAAACGACAGACGGAAAAAAAAUAAAAUAAAAAACAAAACAGCCAAUUUUAGAUAGGUUGCCUUAAAGUGAACUCAGUUCUACAUUAAAAUUAUACAUAGUUUUGUCAGGCAUUGUUUUAACCUUUUUUUCUAAUUGCAAUUAUUUGAAUAAAAUGUGUAAUAAUUACAAACGCAUAUACCGGGGGUAACAAAUUACCAUCAAUAGGUAGGAUUUAAAAUUUUUAUACCUUGUACGGUCUGUCAUAAAUGUAUACCAAAGAUGUAAACCUAAGCAUUAAUAAAUUGAAUUAUAUUUAAAAACA